CCUUACUAUAUAAUUUCCUUGUAUACUUAUUGAUAUGGAGGUAGAAUACGCUAGAACGUGGCAUUGCUUAGAAACCUGCUCGGACUUUAGAAGAGGGGCUACGGUUACCGGUGGCCUAAAUUUAUGCGGCAACUUGGCUGCGCUUACCGGGUGGGUGCUAACCCGCUCCGGUUACACCCUUGUGGAUUGCUCCGAAUUGCACAGGAGUGGGAGGGGCUGAUUGUAGGGGAGCAGGGCGCGGCACGCUUCAUAAAAUCACUAGUUGCAAAAGUCACAGUACCACC